AGACAAUUAUUACUAUUCAAAAUUUAUGUUUGUUUCGUCGAAGUUGAAUUUGGAAGAAGUAUAAUUUAAAGUGCGUGUGUGUACUUUUAUUUUUCAACAAUGGAAAAAUUUUAUUUUACAACAGAACAACUUGAAAAUACUCCAAGCACAAAAGAUGGUAUUUUUAUUGAUGAUGAAAUAAAAUAUCGAGUAAGAAUUGCAACAUUUUUACAAGCUUUGGGAGAAAAAUUGAAAACUCCACAAUUGUGUAUUAACACUGCUAUUGUAUUUGUGAAAAGAUUUUUUAUGUAUCAUUCAAUGAAGAAGUGUGAUAAACACAAAAUUUCGCUUGCCGCUUUAUUUUUAGCGUGUAAAAGUGAAAAUUCGUCAGUAAAAUUGGAACAAAUGAUUCAAUAUUACUUAAAAUUUGUAUCUCCGUAUAAAAAACAUGGUGUUAAUUCAGAAGAAUUCAAAGAGGAACUCGAGUGUUUGAAAUUCAAUGAAUUCUUAAUUCUGAUGACUUUGGGAUUUGAAGUUAUAAUUGAACAUCCUCAUCUUCAUAUUGUUAAAAACGCUUCUCUUUUUCGAGUGAGUAAAGAUGUCAUAAAAUUGGCUUACUUCACGGCUUCCAAAAGUUUACAUCUGACGUCAUUGUGUUUACAAUUCACACCAAAAAUCGUAGCCUGCUUCUCAAUUCAUUUAGCUGCCUUGAAAUUCCAAGUAAAGAUUCCAGAUGUGGAAAAAAAUCAACCAUGGUUUUCACUUAUCGAGAAGAAUAUGACUCAUAAACUUUUGGACGAUUUAACGGAAAGUUAUUCUGAAUUAUUUGAAAAUCAUGAACCGUGGUCGAGUGUGGCUAAAAAAAUGACAGAGAUUCAAGCUCCAAAAUUAAAUCUCAAUUUGAGUAUUGGAAUUACGAGGAAACAAUUAUCAUCAGAUCUUCUUGAUGAAUCAUCAAUUUUGAAUGAAUCCAAAAAUCAAAAUUUGCAUUCGUCACUUAACGCCAGUCAGAAGAAUUUAUCAAAAAAUAACGAAACUGGAAUGUCAUCAACACUCAAUAAUCUCCAAUUAAAAUUCAACAAUCACGUGACAUAUUUUUCAACACCAAAUCGAGAAAUUUUACAAACACUAUUGCGUCACAAUGAAAAAGAAAUUCAUCUUCAAUCACCAAUCUUUAGUACAAUAAAUUAUCUCGAGAGUCGGAAUAAUUUACUUCUUUCCAGUUUUGAUGAAAAUCUCCAUUUCUCUUCAUCUCAGAAUAAUCAUUCAACACCGAAAAUUACAUCGAUUCCUUUCAAUUAUAAUCAUCAAUUAACACCGGUCAUGAAAAAAGAUAAAAUGGACGAAAUUUGUCCCAAGGAGAAUUAUCAACCGAGACGUAAUUUCUUAAAAAAUUUAGAAACAUCAAAUAUUGAUCACUUGAUUAAUAGCAAUCAUGAAGGGGCAAAUUAUUUUUCCGAUCAUCAAUCUAAGGGAAUUAAUUAUAAUUCUGAAAUUCGUGAAAUUUGGCAACCGUUUCUUCCCCAAAUUAAUCAUGAUUUUAAAAAAAAUGAGAGAUGUCAGAAAAUGUCAAUAAAACGACAAUCUUACGAUUUAAAUGAUUCCAUUAUGAAUAAACGUCGUUGUUUAUCUAAUGUUGAUACAUUCCAAAGUACCACACCACAAUAUAAAUUUAAUUUUUUUCAACCGUAAAGAUUCUGGAAAGAAAAAGUUAAUAUGUACUUCUUCCAAAUAAUAGACUGUGAUAUUUUUAAAAUUAUAUAUACGUAUUAAAAAUCAGAGUUCUUUAAAACGACAAACAAUCAUUUUUCUAUUCUUUGUCGAUAUAUUAUUAUUAUAAAAAGACAUUUGUUUUCAUUAAAGCGGAUUUGUAAAGGGUGAAAAAAAAUUAUGUAUAAUUAAGCAAUUUUGUAAUUUAAAUGUUUUUAUUGAAAUGUAACUUCUAGUACCAAAUUUAA